UUGAUAAGUAUAAUACAUACAGUGUGAGUGCAGCAAUCAUUUGUUAUAGGUUGCGCCACAUGGUCUAAAAACGUGAUGUGCACGUACUUUUUAAGGUUUUGAUACAUUAGAUCUACUACUGUGUUUAAACAAUAUUAUUUAUACAGUACUAUAUUUAUAAAUAUUUGGGAGCAAUGGAACUCUUACAAGACCCUAUUAGACAAGACGCAAUGGUAUUAUGCUGUAUUUGUGGCACUGGUAUUCAACCCAAUGCCACUAACAUGUGUGUAGCCUGUUUACGGACUCAAGUUGACAUUACCGAAGCCAUUCCAAAGCAAGCAACUAUCCAUUUCUGCAAAGGAUGCGAGAGAUAUUUGCAGCCACCUGCAGAGUGGAUUCAUGCAGCAUUAGAAUCCAGAGAAUUGUUAACACUGUGUUUAAAGAAGUUGAAAGGUUUAAAUCGUGUGAAAUUAAUUGAUGCUGGAUUUGUUUGGACAGAACCACAUUCGAUGAGACUAAAGGUAAAAUUAACAGUACAAGCAGAAGUAAUGAGUGGUGCAGUUUUACAACAAGUGUUCAUAGUUGAAUAUACUGUAAAUCAUUACAUGUGCGAUGACUGUCAUCGGACUGAGGCAAAAGAUUAUUGGCGUGCCCUGGUACAAGUUAGGCAACGGUCCACAAAUAAAAAAACGUUUUAUUACUUGGAACAAUUAAUUUUGAAGUACAAAGCACACGAACAUACAUUAGGCAUAAAACCUAUUCAUGAGGGCCUCGACUUUUUCUAUGCAAAUGAAGCAACGGCACGGAAAAUGGUUGACUUCCUCUCGAGUGUAGUACCUUGUAGAUACGACCAUUCCAAGAAAUUAAUAUCCCACGACAUACAUAGUAAUAUCUAUAAUUACAAAUUUACAUACAGUGUGGAAAUAGUUCCAGUAUCAAGGGACAGUAUUGUAUGUCUGCCAAGAAAACUAAGCCACCAAUUGGGAGGAAUAAACUCAAUUUGCUUGGUAUACAAGAUGACGAAUGCCAUUCACUUAAUAGAUGUAGCAUCCGGUCAAAUUGCAGAAGUGAAUUCUACACUCUACUGGAGGCACAAUUUUAAUAGUAUUUGUGAUCCAAAACAGUUAAUAGAGUAUACAGUAAUGGAUAUUGAACCUAUAAAAUUCAAAGACAGAAAAUUUUUCCCAGGACAGGGGGCAAUUUCUAACAAACAUGUAAUUGCAGACGUAUGGUUGGUUAGAAGCUGUGAUUUGGGAAUCAAUGAAAAUUUAAUUCACACGCGUACUCACCUUGGUCACAUACUCAAACCAGGUGACGCUGCUUUAGGGUAUGCAAUUAGCGACAGUAAUAUCAACGAUAAUAAUUUUGAAAUGCUGAAUAAAGAUUUGGUACCCGACGUAAUUUUGACCAAGAAAAGUUAUACAAAUGAUAGAGCAACACGUCACAAGUUAAGAGCAUGGAAACUGAGACAUAUGCUCCAAAAUGGAGAGAACAUGAAUGCAGAUAAUGCUGACUAUUACGAAUUUUUGGAGGAUAUCGAGGAGGAUCUGGAGAUGAGACAAAAUAUAAAUAUCUUCAGAGAUCGCAAGAAAAUACCAGUGGACUCCAACAGUUUAACUGAUCCUACUUGUCCACAAGUUACUCUUGAAGAAAUGCUUGAUGAUCUCACAAUCGAUGAUAUUCAAAUACCUGAAGUUCAGGAAAACUUCGAAUAAAAAGCUGCCCUUGAACGAAGAAACAGAGAUUCGAAGUAUAAAAAAUCAAUUUGUAUAUUAAAUUACUGUCAGUCCAUAAUUGAAUUGAUCCAGAAUGGAAAAUAACACAAAGAGCUUCUUCAAUGAAAUAUGUACUUUGACUUUUCAAUUACAAAUAGUAGGCCUUCGAAUUGAAAUGAGACGUUAAUGGCAGUUAUAUUAUUAUCCUAAUGUCCAAUCAACAGAUAAUAUAAGGAACUCGAAUGUCAUCAACACUAGUUUAAACAAUGUCAUAUAUUCUCUAUAUUUCUGAUUAAAUAUUAUUCAAGUGAUAAAGCUAUAGUAAUAGUGUCAAUAUCACGUAUACAUAAAUAUAAAAAAUAAAAUUUUGUAUGCUAAAGGAAAAGGAA